UGUUAUCGGUUCGUGCGUGCCAUCACUAGGUGUAAAAAUGUCAGCGGCACGUUUAUACGCAGGUUUUCGUUUAUUUUCCUCGAGUUCCAUCAACCGCAAUGCUGUCGGUGGCAAGAGCCUGGUCGAGGCGGUGGCGGUGACUAAGAACGGCCGCACCAUAGUGGCAUGGCACCCGGAUACACCCUUCCCCUACGAGAAAACCCAACCGCUGCCCAAGAUCGCCGAUGUCCAAACCUCUGAAGUAAUCAAGGAAACUGCUUUGAAGACUGCGAUGCAAGCCUUUGGCAGGAAACAUCCAGAGGUGUCGCGGCAGGAGCUGAUGAAGCUGACGCACACCACAAAGAACCGAUGGUUUCCUCGUGCCCGCGACAAGAAGGCGAAGAAGACGCCCAUGGACCGGCCAUACCUGUAGAAAGUUUCUCCCAAUCGUAUUGCAUAAUGUUCUCAAUAAAUUCGUUAACGUUUUAAUCCA